AUGGCGCCGGGGCCGUUCCCCGAGGACGCGGUUCUCGCCCUCCACUACAACUACACCGGGAAGCUGCACGCCGGGCGUUACCGGGGGGGCCUUCGCCCCGAGACCCUCCUCUUCCUCCUCGUCUGCGGCUUCAUCGUGGUGGAGAACCUGGUGGUGCUGGUGACCAUCUGGAGGACCAAGAAGCUCCACUCCCCCAUGUUCUACCUGCUGGGCAACCUCACCCUCUCCGACCUGUUGGCCGGCGUCGCCUACACCGCCAACAUCGUCCUCUCCGGCGCCAACACCUUACGAAUGGUCCAGCAGUUCGGUGUGGACUUUGAGAAGCGAAUCGAAGGUUCAGGAGACCAGGUGGACACGCUCGAGCUCUCCGGGGGUGCCAGAAUCAACCGCAUUUUCCACGAGAGAUUUCCUUUUGAGCUAGUGAAGAUGGAGUUUGACGAGAAGGACUUGAGGCGAGAAAUAAGCUAUGCAAUUAAAAACAUCCACGGAGUGAGGACGGGGCUCUUCACCCCAGACUUGGCAUUCGAGGCCAUUGUGAAAAAGCAGGUGGUGAAGCUGAAAGAGCCUUGUCUGAAGUGUGUCGACCUCGUUAUUCAGGAGUUAAUCAAUACAGUUAGACAGUGUACCAGUAAGCUUGGUUCCUACCCCAGGUUACGAGAGGAGACGGAGAGGAUCGUUACCACUCACAUCAGGGAACGGGAAGGCAAAACGAAGGACCAGAUUCUCCUGCUGAUCGACAUUGAGCUCUCUUACAUCAACACUAACCACGAAGACUUCAUUGGAUUUGCCAACGCGCAGCAAAGGAACACCCAGACGAACAAAAAAAGAGCCAUCCCCAACCAGGUGAUCCGCAGGGGCUGGCUGACCAUCAACAACAUCAGCAUCAUGAAGGGAGGCUCCAAGGAGUACUGGUUCGUGCUGACGGCCGAGUCGUUGUCCUGGUACAAGGACGAGGAGGAGAAGGAGAAGAAAUACAUGUUGCCUUUGGAUAAUUUGAAAAUCAGGGACGUGGAGAAGGGAUUUAUGUCUAACAAGCACGUCUUUGCCAUCUUCAACACAGAGCAAAGGAACGUCUACAAAGAUCUCCGUCAGAUUGAGCUGGCCUGCGACUCCCAGGAAGACGUGGACAGCUGGAAAGCCUCCUUCCUCCGAGCGGGAGUUUACCCAGAGAAAGACCAAACUGAGAACGAGGACGGCGCCCAGGAGAACACCUUCUCCAUGGACCCUCAGCUGGAGCGCCAGGUGGAAACCAUCCGCAACCUCGUCGACUCCUACGUCGGCAUCAUCAACAAGUCCAUCCGGGACCUCAUGCCAAAGACGAUAAUGCACCUCAUGAUAAACAAUACCAAGGAUUUCAUCCACUCGGAGCUGCUGGCCUACCUGUACUCCUCCGCCGACCAGAACAGCCUGAUGGAGGAGUCGGCCGACCAGGCGCAGAGGAGGGACGACAUGCUGCGCAUGUACCACGCCCUGAAAGAGGCCUUGAACAUCAUCGGGGACAUCAGCACCAGCACCGUCUCCACGCCGGUUCCCCCGCCCGUCGACGACACGUGGCUCCAGACGAGCAGCGGGCACAGCCCCCCGCCGCAGCGCAGACCUCCCUCCGCCGUCCUGCCGCCGGGCCGGCCGCCGGCCGUGAGGGGUCCGACGCCGGGGCCGCCCCUGAUCCCCGUCCCCGCGGGGGGACCCUCCUCCUUCGCGGCUCCCCCCAUCCCCUCGCGCCCUGGACCCCAGAACAUCUUCGCUAAUAACGACCCCUUCUCAGCCCCUCCUCAGAUCCCGUCACGGCCGGCACGCAUCCCCCCCGGCAUUCCUCCAGGCGUGCCCAGCAGAAGACCCCCCGCCGCGCCGAACCGGCCCACCAUUAUCCGACACGCCGAACCCUCCCUGCUCGAUUAACCGCCCAGGGGCUGGUAGCGACUCCCGGAGCGGCUGCCCCCAUGCCUGCCGCUUUCCUUUGCC